GAUUAGCUCCAAUGGGUGUGCACAGAGGCUAUGUUCAGCUUCUUCCAUAUGGUUUUGCCGGGAUAAUGGAAAACUCAGGGGAUUCAUUGAAAAAUAUGGAGAAUAGUUGCAGGAAUUUGAGUUUUAUCAAGAAUAUUGGUGGGUUUGAUUUUGGGGAAGGUAUUAGAUUUGAGCCAUCAAAGCUUCUUCCGAAGUUUCAGAGACAGGCUGACGAGAUGAAUCUCUUCUGCUUCAAGGCUACGACACCGGUUUGGAUGCAGAAAGCCCCGGCUUGCUUCGGUUGAUACUUUCUAGUCUGAAAAAUUUGCACUUCUCAUGGACACAAUGGCAAUGGCAAUGGCGUUUAAGAUGCUUUCUCUUUUGCUCCUCUGCGGAUUCUUCUUUUCCAACUCCUUUGUCAUCGAAGAAGCCAACAUCAAGGACAUCCAAUGGGCAUUCUCUCAAAACAAGCUCACCUCCAGACAGCUCGUUGACUUCUACCUGCACCAGAUCGAGGCCCUGAAUCCGGAGCUUCGCAGCGUGAUAGAGGUGAACCCAGAUGCACGAGAGCAAGCGGAAAAGGCCGAUGCAGAGAUUAAAAGCAAGAAGGAGUUGGGGGAGCUGCAUGGGGUACCGGUGUUGCUGAAGGACAGUAUAAAUACUAAAGAUAAGUUGAAUACAACUGCAGGGUCAUUUGCGUUGUUGGGGGCGAAGGUGGGUGGAGACGCGGCGGUGGUGGAGAGGUUGAGGAAGGCGGGGGCGGUGAUACUGGGAAAGGCUAGUAUGAGUGAGUGGUAUCAGUUUCGUUCUUUGAAAACUCGAAACGGCUGGUGUCCAAGGAGUGGACAGGGUGUGAAUCCAUAUGUACCAUCGGGAGAUCCAUGCGCAUCAAGCAGCGGAUCUGCAAUAUCUGUAGCGGCCAACAUGGUGGCUGUCUCGCUUGGGACUGAGACUGAUGGUUCCAUCAUCUGCCCAGCCGAUGUGAACUCCGUUGUUGGGUUUAAACCCACUGUUGGACUCACCAGUCGGGCAGGUGUCAUCCCAAUUUCACCCCGACAAGACAGUGUCGGACCUAUAUGCAGGAGUGUGCUGGACGCAGUUUAUGCGCUCGAUGCUAUAGUGGGUUUUGAUCCUAGAGACAGUGAGGCAACAAAAGAAGCAUCCAAGUUCAUACCUGUUGGUGGCUACAAACAAUUUCUCAACAAAGAUGGGCUUGCAGGAAAGAGAUUGGGUGUUGUGAGGAAUCCAUUUUCUGGAUUUUACAACGGAUCAACAGCUAUUUCAGCCUUUGAGGCUCAUCUCACCGUAUUAAGGCAAAGAGGUGCAAUUUUAGUGGACAAUUUGGAAAUAGAAAAUGUUGAUAUCAUAUUGAACUCCUAUGAAAGUGGUGAAUCAACAGCCUUGUUGGCAGAGUUCAAGCUCAACAUAAAUGAAUACCUGAAAGAGCUCACCAAAUCUCCAGUGAGGUCCCUAGCAGACAUAAUUGCCUUCAACUUGAACAACUCUGAUCUGGAAAAGACUGAUGAAUAUGGCCAGGAAGUCUUUAUGGCAGCAGAGAUGACAAAUGGGAUUGGGAAGCAAGAGAGGAUGGCAAUGGAAAUGAUGGCAAAUCUGUCUCGGGAUGGGUUUGAGAAACUGAUGAUGGAGAAUAAGCUUGAUGCAACGGUGACACUGGGUUCAGGCAUGGCCACUGUACUAGCCAUUGGAGGUUACCCCGGAGUUAGUGUUCCAGGUGGGUAUGAUGGAGAUGGAAUGCCCUUUGGCAUAUGUUUUGGAGGACUGAAGGGGAUGGAGCCAAAGCUUAUUGAAGUUGCUUACGGAUUUGAACAAGCCACAAAGAUUCGGAGACCUCCUACUUCCCCUAAUAACUUAUUGUGUCCUAAUGAGCCAUUGUAAGAGUUGGAUUUUGUUUUCCGCAAUAACAGUGGUUAUAUAUGUAUAAAUAAAUAAUUAAAAUUUUUGAAUAA